AUGGCUGAAGCCUUAGUUAUUAUUGUCGCUGGGGGGAUAUUGAAAAAAGUGUUGUCUAUAGCUGCUGGCGAACUGGUCAUUUCUUGGGGUUACGAUGAAAAGCUGACCACCCUCCACAGAACAUUGGACCUGAUUUGUGCCAAGUUGAGUGAUGCUGAGAGAAAAAAGGGAACGGAGGUUGUGAUGAUGUGGCUGAAGCAGCUAAAAGUUGUAGUGGGUGAAGCUGAUGAUGUGUUGGACGAGGUUCAUUUCGAAAUGCUGAGGCGGGAGAUAAAGAAACGUGAUCGGGUGGCAAAAACUGUGCCAUCUCUUCCAAGCUUAAAAAAACUUUCAUUUCGCUGGGAAAUUGGUCAUAAAAUCAAAAACAUCAAUAAAAGGUUGCUUGAUAUCAAUACACAGGCAAACGGUUUAGGACUACAAAACGAACACCCUGGUGCCACCCCUUUUACAGAUCGUCUCUAUCGGGAGUCUGUUCCAUAUCCAGAAAAAUUCAAAACUGUUGGGAGGGAUGAUGAUGUACUACGUAUCAUACAGAUUUUAACCCAAUCAAGAACCGAAGAAAAACUUACAAUUGUUCCCAUAGUGGGAAUGGGCGGGAUUGGGAAGACAACUUUGGCUAAGUCGGUCUACAAUAGUAAAAACAUAAAGCAAUAUUUUGAUAUUAAAGCUUGGUUGUGUGUGUCGGUUAAGGUUGACAUCAACACACUUCUCGCAAAGAUCUAUGAAUCUCUUGCCGGAAAGAAACCUGAGUCGGACUCUAUGGUCAAUUUAAUUAAAAGUCUAGAAGAGAAGUUGGGAUCAAAAAGAUAUUUGCUUGUUCUUGAUGACGUUUGGGUUGAAGAGAGAGCAUAUUGGGAAGCAUUUGAGAGUUGUAUGCUAAAUGUAAACUCCCAAAAUGGAAGUGGCAUUCUUGUCACUACACGGAAACUUGAAAUCGGAACUACUGGAAUGAAGGCUGAUGCAUGUCUUUUAAAAGGUCUUUCUGAUGAUCACUGUUGGGACAUCUUUAGAGAAAGAGCAUUUGUGACAGGCUCAUCACCCUCUCCAGAACUGGAGGAGAUAGGCCGUGAGAUUGUAAAAAGAUGUGGUGGUUUACCAUUGCUAUUAAAUGUAACAGGUGGCAUGUUGGCAAAUUACAAUGAUGAUAAAGAAAAGUGGUUCUCCAUAAAAAAUAGCAAGGUUUGGGAUCUAGAAGAAGAAAGGGAUAGAGUUCAAAAGAGUUUGGAACUGAGCUUUGAUAAUCUCCCCAAUUCUAUUGUGAAGCAAUGCUUUGUAUAUUGUUCCAUAUUUAAGAAAGAUAAGGUUAUUAAAAGGGAAGAACUGGUCCGGCUUUGGAUGGCUUUAGGAUUGAUUCAAGCAGAUGAGGAAAGAAACAAGGAGAUGGAAGCUGUGGGAAAUGAGAUUUUUCAAGUUUUGGUCAGCAAUUCGUUGUUCCAAGAUGUUGAAAGGGAUGAGUAUGGUCGCGUUGAUCAUUGUAGCAUGCAUGAUAUGGUGCAUGAUUUGUCAUUAUCACUUUCAAAACAUGAAAGCUUGUGUUUGGUGGAUGCUACAAAUGAUGAUAUUGCAUGUAUACCUCAGUUUAAACAUCUCUCUUUUUACCAAGAACAGAAUGAGUACGAUGAAUUGAAAGCCAAUGUUUCUAUGUUCAUUGAAAGGAAUACAGUGGCUAGAACUUUGCAUACAUUGUUUAUCAAAGUUGAAGUAGAGAAGAAACUUUCAUUUCAACGAUUAAAGUGCAUACGCAUUCUAAAACUCAAGGGAGAUAGUAUUGAGAAGUUAGACGAUUCAAUUGGAGGGUUGGUGCAUCUCAGGUAUCUUAAUUUAUCAUCUACAGAGAUACGUGUUCUUCCUAAAUCUAUUGGUAAAUUGUACCACUUGCAAACUCUGAAGUUGCCUGAUCGCAUUGAGCAGUUUCCAGAAACCAUGAGAAAUUUGAUAAGCCUGCGGUAUCUGAAGUGUGACGAAAACAUUCCCGCAAGUAUUUUGGGACAAUUGACUUCACUUCGAACAUUAACGCCUUCCUUCAGGGUGCUUAAAAGGAAGGGACAUAGUAUUCAAGAGCUACGCCAUUUGAAUAACCUCAGUGGAAGCCUCUUUAUUUCACAUCUAGAGAACAUCGGUAGCAAGGAGGAAGCUAGCAAGGCAGAUUUAUCUAGCAAGAAAAAUUUACACAAUAUUCAUUUCAAAUGGAGUGAAGACGAUCAAGGCGCCAACCGAAUUGACAUGGAUGUAUUGGAAGGCUUGCAACCCCCUAGAGAUGUAAAAACAUUGACAAUUAAGAAUUUUUCUGGUGAUAAUUUUCCAGAUUGGGUAAUGAAGAUGGUGAUCUACAUCGAAGGGAAAUGGACGCCCCUUGAUAAGUUGAUGGAUAUCACAUUAUCUAACUGUAGAAGCUGCCUCUCUCUUCCAACGCUUGAGCACCUACCACAUCUUCGGCAUCUGUCGUUGGAGAAUAUGGACAGCUUGACAUGCUUAAGGACUUCCGUUGGUAGUGGAAUAAUAAAGCCUUUGUCUCCAACAUUGACAUCACUCCUACUAUAUCGCAUGAGAAAAUUGGAAAAGUGGAUAGAUGGAGCACCCAACAGCUCAGAAAUGAUAUCUCCUGUCCUUCGGAGCUUGUACAUUCGUGAGUGCCCAAAAAUUAUUCACUUGGAUGAAUGCCAUCCCCAUCCUCUUUUUUCCUUACAGAUUAGAGGCUGCGAAGGACUGGCGUCCAUUAAGAGUAUACAAGGCCUCACAUCUCUCGUAUCUUUACAUAUUUCCAUGUGUCCUAGUCUUUUAGAAAUAACCAAUUUGCCCAAACAGUGUCAUUCUUUGAAGACUUUGUACAUUACGCAUUGCCUCAAACUGACUUCCUUGCCUCACAAACUGUUUGACUGUUAUGCAUUCUUAAAUGAGUUGGAACUUGGUCUGUUCUCGAAGGAGCUCGAUUCUUUUCCAAGUCUCCAAGGCAUCGAGAAGUUAAGAAACCACCUUCACUCUUUGUAUUUGGGAGGUUGGGAUCAUUGGGAGUCAAUUCCAGACGAAAUACAACACCUCACAUCACUGACUUUGUUACGCAUAAAUAGAUUCGGAUUACAAGAACUGCCCAUGUGGUUAACCAACAUGUCAUCUAUUCGAGACAUGAUUUUCUAUAAUUGCAAGGGGCUAGAUGAAGAAAAGGUUAAGCGGGGAGCACCGCGAGAAGCAAAUGGUGUCACUUGUCAGAUUAGAUAA